AUGGGAUUCCUCGGCGUUUACUCUGCCGUGUAUGAUUACCAGCCUCAGGGAGAGGGUGAACUUGAGAUUCGAGAGGGCGACCUUCUCUACGUAUUAGAGAAGAGCAAAGAAGAUGACUGGUGGAAAGCAAAGAAGAAAGCAGACGAAGACGACGAGGAUGAGCCGGAAGGUUUAGUCCCAAAUAACUAUGUCCAAGAGGCGCAACCUGUACACCAUGCCAAGGCCCUUUUCGACUACACCCGGCAAACAGACGAAGAGGUCUCAUUUUCGGAAGACGCAGCACUAGAGGUGUAUGAUAUUUCAGAUCCUGACUGGACAUUGGUCGGAAUCAAUGGAGACUUCGGAUUUGCGCCGGCAAAUUAUAUCGAAGUUCUUGAAGAUAUCGCUCCAACUUCGGCUGCUAUUCCUCCUCCGCCUCCACCCCAAGCCCAUCAUGAUGAAGAACAAGCACCUUCUCUUCCACAACGGCCGACACAGCCCGCUCAUGAAGACUACGAAGAAACUUACCCUUCUCAUUCUCCCAUCGAUACAGUACAAAACCCAGCGGCCGCGGCAAUCGCAAGCAUUAUACACUCACAGCAUGCCCCCGCCAACAUCCACCGAGAGCCAUCAAGAGAAGAGUCGCCUCCACCCCCUCAGCUCCCAACUAGGCCCUCCCAGGACUACGAGGUCGAGGAAGAAGAACCGCCCGCGCCUGCUUUACCUCGACGACCUCCAUCGGAACAGAUUACUCCACCAAUGAAUACCUACUCCCCCGAGCCAUCCCCAGCUCCCCCGCGCCCCAAGGCUGCAGCCCCGCCAAUGGGACGCGACAGAACUCACGUCAAAGAAUCACCCCCGUACAAUCGAGCUGGUGAGCUGACUCCUCGAUCGCCCUCUGGAUAUCAUAUUUACAACAUCAACGAGAUGGUGGAGGUCAUGGGAAAGAGGAAGAAGAUGCCAACAACGUUGGGUAUUAACAUGGUCACUGGUAUCAUCUUUAUCUCGCCGGAAGGUGACGACCGCCAACAAGAUUGGACUGCGGAAAAGCUCACGCACUAUUCAAUCGAAGGCAAGCAUGUAUUUGUUGACCUUGUCCGGCCAAGCAAGAGCGUUGAUUUCCAUGCUGGAGCCAAAGACACUGCUCAAGAGAUUGUGGCUGCGCUGGGAGAAAUCGCAGGGGCUUAUCGUGCCGAAGGCUUGCGAGAGGUGAUCGCAGCCAGCGAAGGGGGUGGAGGCCAGAAGAAAGGAACGAUUUUGUAUGACUUUAUGGCGCAAGGAGAUGAUGAGGUUACCGUGGCCGUGGAUGAUGAAGUCGUCGUUAUUGAUGAUAUGAAGUCAGAAGAAUGGUGGAUGGUGAAGCGGCUCAAGAACGGCAAAGAGGGAGUGGUUCCUAGCAGCUAUGUUGAGAUUACCGGCUUCGUGACUAAGGACAUCCCCCCCGAGCCCGGCGUGUCAACAGUGGAGAAAAAUCGAAAGGAAGAGGCCAGGUUGGCUAAAGCCUCUGCUGGGAAGUCUAGGGCAGACUCGAUGGAAUCAGGAGAGCGUCAUAAGCGUGAGAGUAAAUCCAAGGCCAAGCCGGAUUCGAGCAAGGUCAGAAAAUGGACAGACCGUAGUAAGGCUUUCACUGUUGAGGCGCAAUUCAUUGGGUUGCAGGAUGGCAAGAUUCAUCUUCACAAAGUCAACGGCAUCAAGAUCGCUGUUCCUGUUGCGAAGAUGUCUGUCGAGGACCUUGAGUACGUGGAGAAGGCAGCGGGUGUUUCGCUGGAUGAAGACAAGCCCCUUUCAAGUAUUCGAAAGCGUGCCACUUCUGAAGCCAAGGGAACUGGUAACGCGGGUGCUUCGGUGGCACGCCCCGAGUACGAUUGGUUUGACUUUUUCUUGAAAUCUGGCGUUGGGCCCCAUCAAUGUGAACGAUAUGCGCAGAACUUCAUCAAAGACUCCAUGGACGAGUCUAUUCUGCCUGAUAUUUCUCCCGAAACUCUUCGUUCUCUAGGUUUGAAAGAAGGUGACAUCCUGCGGGUCAUGCGUUAUCUGGAUAGCACCCUUGGCCGCACAGGCAACAAGUCUAAGCUCCGAAAUGUCAGCUUUGGUGGCGAGGAAGUCAUUGGUAAUGGCGAGGAUGGCGGUCAAGGGGGACUGUUUUCUGGUCUAGGCGGUUCUUUGCGCAAUAAUACUCGCAAGGGAAGACCGGCACCCUCCGUUCAGGCCGGUGAUAUUGUGGAUCCCAAGGCUUUUGAGCAAGCUGAUGACUCCAAGCCGAAGGAAGAGCGAGUUGCAACUCCUCCAGCUCCCUCUCCUGCACCACCCGAGAAAGAGCAACCAGUUUCACGUGGGUUUGACGAUGAUGCUUGGGAGGUAAAGCAGCCCAAGCAGGUUACUACCGCUCCGGUCGCAUCAAGUCCACCUCCAAGUACAUCGCCCACCGCGCCUCAACCUCAAAUUCAGAAGCAAAUAACAGGCGCCAUGGCAGAUUUGUCUAUUCUUCAAGCUCCUCUACAGCCUACUCCAGCCUUACCGGCUCCUGUGUCGCAGAAUGUAUCAAGCAUUCCUGCUUUGCAGCCUCAACAAACUGCGGUACAGGCCCCUCCUGCGCCACAGCAAUCUCAGCAUACCGGUGCCACGCCUGGAUUUUUCAAUCAAAUAGCCCAAAUGGGACAACAGGCUAGACAGCGUCCGCAGCCUCCCGCGCACAACGCAAACCAAAAUUCGCUACUGCCUCCUCCCCCACAGCGCCCUCUUUCAGCACCACAAAACUUUUCGCAAGAUCAGAACGCAUUUGCGCCUCCUCCAUUACAGGCUCAGCUGACUGGACUUCCCCUAGCUGGUCCUCAAGUUGCUCCUCCGGGACAAAGUCUGUCGGACUUGAACCAACAGCGCUUUCAGCCGCAAAUGCAGCAGAUGCAGCCGCAAGCGACGGGUUUCAUGGGGCAGAAUCAAUUUCAGAACGGUCUGAUGCCCCAGCCAACCGGCUUCUCCCCUCAAUCGCAAUUCGGUAUCCAGCAGCAACAGCAAAUGACUGGCCAACCCAUGCCAACAGGCCAACCAGGCUUCCAGGGGAUGGCCCCACAGCCUACUGGCUUCGCCGGAUUUGCGCAGCCCCAACAGCCGAUGCAAACUGGCAUUAAUUCCGUGCUUCCCCCGGCUUUGCAACCCCAACCAACUGGUGCCAAUGGUUUUGGCAAUACAUCUUUCAAUCAGCCUCCACCUCCUGUGCCACCAAUUCCGCAACAGCCGACAGCGGCCCCCCUAUCUCCUCAAAAGACAGGCCCUCCGCCCUCUAUCAGGUUCGGUGUGAAACCAGAUGCCCCAAAGAAACUUGCACCCCAGCCAACCGGGCUCAGGGCGAAUCUUUCCCAAGCCACGCCCAACAACCCCUUUGGUUUCUAA